AUGACACGCAAAAACGCGAGCCUUUCCAAACGCCGUUCCAAACCCAGCCUCAAACUCGCUACCGGGUCAAACGGACAUGCGAAUGGCAAGAUGAACAACAACAUCGAAAUGCGCAGGAGGGACACUCCCUCCGCGGAAUCCUCGGCAGAGCGAACUGCCCAACUCAUGUCACGACCGAGCUUUUCCCUGGAUAAUGAGCCACCCUUUGCCCCGCAAACCCCGGUCCAGACCACCACAACCUUCCACAAUCUGCCACGCAGUGAUCGUCGCAACUUCAUCCUGCUAGUCCUGCUAUACUUCCUUCAAGGAAUCCCCAUGGGCCUGGCCACCGGCUCAGUGCCCUUCCUUCUCAAACCUUACCUCUCAUAUGGCCAAAUUGGUAUCUUCUCACUCGCCUCGUAUCCCUACUCGCUCAAGCUCUUCUGGAGCCCCAUUGUCGAUGCAGUAUGGAGUACGCGAUUCGGACGCCGCAAGAGUUGGAUCACCCCGGUGCAAGUCAUUGCGGGUCUGGCCAUGAUCUAUCUCGGGGGCCACAUUGAGGAGAUGAUGGUCCAGGCCGGGGCCAAUGGGGGUGCCGGAGUCUGGAAGUUCACCUACUGGUGGUUCAUGCUGGUGCUAUUCUGCGCCACCCAAGAUAUUGCGGUGGACGGUUGGGCCAUCACAUUAAUGUCUCCGCCCAACAUUUCCUACGCUUCCACGGCUCAAACGGUUGGCUUGACUGCGGGCCAUUUCCUCUCGUACACCGUGUUCCUGGCAUUCAACUCGAAAGACUUUGCCAACCGAUGGUUCCGGGUCAUUCCCGGCGAGACCGGCCUGUUGUCCCUCGGGACCUACCUCAGCUUCUGGGGAUGGGCGUAUCUGAUUGUGACCUGUGGGUUGGCCUUUCUGAAAAAGGAAGACAGCACCAAGGAUCGCGACAGUAUCAUGGACGUCUAUAAGAGCAUGUGGAGUGUUCUGAAGUUGAAGCACAUUCAGACCAUCAUUAUCAUCCAUCUCAUUGCCAAGAUCGGCUUCCAGGCGAAUGACGGAGUCACCAGUCUCAAACUCCUGGACAAGGGCUUUGGUCAGGAUAAUAUGGCUCUCGUCGUGCUCAUUGACUUCCCAUUCGAGAUUAUGCUUGGAUACUAUGCCGGCCAGUGGUCCACCAAUUACGGAGCCAUGCGCCUAUGGGGCUGGGCCUUUGUGGGGCGACUGGUAGCUGCUGUCCUCGCGCAGUUGACGGUGAUGAUCUACCCCAGUGCCCCUGAAGUGCCAAUGUGGUAUAUGCUCACUGUGAUUGGUGAGCAUGUCCUGUCCACCUUCAUGAACACCGUCAUGUUCGUUGCCAUCUCGGCCUUCCACGCUCGCAUUGCCGACCCGGCCAUUGGUGGGACUUACAUGACUCUUCUCGCCACUGUCUGCAAUCUGGGUGGUACAUUCCCCCGUAUCUUCGUUCUCAAGCUCGUCGACUUCUUCACCAGUGCUACCUGUUUGCCCCCAACGGUGGCCCCUCCUGCCGAAUCACUCAAGGACACUCUUGUGACCUCUGCCUUCUCCUGUGCCCUUGAGCCUGAGAAGAACCGCUGCAUCAAUGGCGGUGGUACCUGCCAGGUCGACCGCGACGGGUACUAUAUGACCAACAUGAUCUGUGUGCUCAUCGGCACACUCACAUUCAUAAUGUUUAUUAGGCCGGCCGCACAGAAGCUGCAGGCUCUGCCAUUGCGCGCGUGGCGGUUGAAUCCUGGUCCUGGACGGGAGUGA